CCGAUGCCAUCGAUGGGACGUCGCGUCAGCUGCCGUCGUGUCGGGAUUGGAAUGUUACCGACUAACAAUCGGAACAACUGAGCACUCGGUAAUUGGACACUAGGAUCAAGGAAUCCCGUCUUUUUGAACAUUUUCUCAGCUAAUUUACCCGGUCUGAGAUCAGUGUUUGUUUCUUCCGUGUCGGCCGGAUAACUUCGCCUGCUGCGUGGCUCCACGCCGACCAGGUUUUUAUUCUAAAGCGGCGUAUGUGAGUGUAUGAGGGGAGGUUGUAAUAAAUAAGAGGAGAAAUGCAGGGAUUCGUCAGGUUACAGUUGUACCGCUGAGCUGCUCCUGCGCUACGACGCUUCUCUCCCCGUUUUUUUUUGUUUGCUUCUCCUCACACGGGACCAUGGAGUGAUAAAAGAGGGGGGAAUAGGACGAAUUCACCCCCUCCAUCUGGAUCCGAGCGCGGCGGCCACACCGACGGAGCUUUUUACACUCCCCUGGUCAGUGUGUUAGCGAGUUUAACAUUCAAACAGGGGUGUACCUUUCCGUUUGGGAGAGCCUCGGGGACCCCUGCCGCUGUUCCGCCGGGGGGAUAGAGUUCCCAGACGACCGUCGGACAGUUUUACCAUUUGAAUAGCCCCAUACAGGCAGCUUGAAUGAGGGUGAGACGGAGCGCGGGGGAAGAGAGUCGCUGCAUGUGAUCUGCGUCCGAGAGGGUCCGGGCAGCACGGAUCUUUUUAGGUGCACCCAAGCCCCGCUGUAGGCGCUGUGCGACAUGGUGAAACUCUACAGAAGAGGGAAAACGGGACAAUACUUUUAAAAUCGCCCACAUGCACUGGAACAAUUGCUGGAUUUGGGAACCGAAUACGCAGAAGGGGGGUUGGGGAUCCUUGGAGGCUGCCGGAGGAUGGAGCGGUGUAGCCGGGGUUGGUGAGAGCCUAACUUCGGGCUACUUUACGUUAAUUAUUCCUAAACAACUAUCCCCUGUUCCCAGGACACAUGCAGGCCAAAAAACGCUACCUGAUCCUGCUCUCCGCCGGUGCAUGUCUGGUGCUUCUCUUCUACCUGGGAGGGGUUCAACUUCCAGCGGCGAGCAGGAGCCGGCAUGACCGCAGCCGAAAUGGGUACCGGCCCGACCAGCCCUGGCCCCACUUCUCGGACCCUUUACAUCUUUUCAUGCCCUGGGAUCAGACGGACACCGAGGAGUACAACCUGCACGUUACUCCGAGGCAGAAGAGGGACGUCAACACGAGUGUUUACAAAGGCAAGCGGUGCCGCAUGGAUUCAUGCUUUGAUUUCUCUCUGUGUCGGAAGAACGGAUUCAAAGUUUACGUUUACCCGCAGCAGAAGGGGGAGAAGAUCUCAGAGAGUUAUCAGAAUAUUUUAUCGACCAUUGAAGGGUCCAGAUUUUACACCUCAGACCCCGGACAGGCAUGUCUGUUCGUCCUGAGCCUGGACACUCUGGACCGGGACCAGCUGUCCCCACAAUACGUCCACAACCUGAAGACCAAGGUCCAGAACCUGCCUCUGUGGAACGACGGCAGGAACCACCUCAUAUUUAACUUGUACUCGGGGACGUGGCCGGACUAUACGGAAGACUUGGGCUUUGAUAUCGGUCAGGCAAUGCUGGCCAAAGCCAGCAUCAGCACCGAGAACUUCAGGCCAAACUUCGACGUGUCCAUCCCCCUCUUCUCCAAGGAGCACUCGAGGACGGGCGGAGAGAGGGGGUACCUCAAGUACAACUCCAUCCCGCCUUUUAGAAAAUACAUGCUGGUGUUCAAGGGGAAGCGGUACCUGACAGGCAUCGGCUCGGACACCAGGAAUGCCUUACAUCACGUCCACAACGCGGAGGACGUGGUGCUGCUCACCACCUGCAAGCAUGGCAAAGACUGGCAGAAGCACAAGGACGCGCGCUGUGAUAAGGACAACGCAGAAUAUGACAAGUAUGACUACAAGGAAAUGCUCCACAACUCCACCUUCUGUUUGGUGCCCCGCGGCAGACGACUGGGCUCCUUUCGCUUCCUCGAGGCACUGCAGGCUGCGUGUGUGCCGGUGAUGCUCAGUAACGGCUGGGAGCUGCCUUUCUCCGAGAUCAUCGACUGGAACACGGCCGCGGUCAUCGGCGACGAGAGGCUCCUGCUGCAGAUCCCGACCACCGUGCGGUCCAUCCACCAGGAUAAGAUCCUGUCCCUCAGACAGCAGACUCAGUUCCUCUGGGAGGCUUACUUCUCCUCUGUGGAGAAGAUAGUGCUGACCACACUGGAGAUCAUCCAGGACCGCGUGUUGGAGCACGGCUCCAGGAGCAGCCUCAUGUGGAACAGCCACCCUGGGGGACUCUUCGCCCUGCCGCAGUACUCUGGAUACCUGGGAGACUUCCCCUUUUACUACGCCACACUGGGUAUUAAACCGUACCCCAAGUUCACGGCAGUCAUCCACGCCGUGUCCCCUCUGGUGUCCCAGUCCCAGCCCAUACUCAAGCUCCUGGUCGCUGUGGCCAAGUCCCAGUACUGUGCACAGAUCAUCGUCCUGUGGAACUGCGACAAGCCUCUGCCCGCCAAGCACCGCUGGCCCGCCACCUCAGUGCCUGUCAUCGUCAUCGAGGGAGAGAAUAAGGUCAUGAGCAGUCGUUUCUUGCCCUACGACACCAUAGUGACAGACGCUGUCCUCAGCCUGGAUGAAGACACGGUGUUGUCCACCACAGAGGUGGACUUUGCCUUCACCGUCUGGCAGAGCUUUCCGGAGCGAAUCGUAGGCUACCCCGCUCGCAGCCACUUUUGGGACAGCAACAAGGAGCGCUGGGGCUACACGUCCAAAUGGACCAACGAUUAUUCGAUGGUGCUGACAGGGGCCGCCAUCUACCACAGGUAUUACCAUCACCUGUACACCAACUACUUACCCACAAGUCUGAAGAGCAUGGUGGACCAGCUGGCCAACUGCGAGGACAUCCUGAUGAACUUCCUGGUCUCGGCUGUCACCAAGCUGCCGCCCAUCAAGGUCACGCAGAAGAAACAGUACAAGGAGACGAUGAUGGGACAGUCUUCGAGGGCCUCUCGCUGGGCUGAUCCGGACCACUUUGCCCAGCGGCAAACCUGCAUGAACAAGUUCGCCAGCUGGUUUGGCGCCAUGCCACUGGUCCACUCCCAGAUGAGACUGGACCCCGUCCUGUUCAAGGACCAGGUCUCAAUUCUCCGCAAGAAAUACAGGGACAUCGAGAGGCUUUGACAGGACCGGCGCCCCCUCGGGGGAGACCCCACGCAGGGGGAGGCACGAGAAAGGGACUCUGUGGAGGGUAGAAGGAGUAGUGGGACUACAGCAGGAUGGACAGGGAGCGACACAGCUCUGUCUUCCACUCAGCACAUUGCCAAUGACCACAGCGCUGCUGCCGCUGCCAGGACUUGAAGCAGGGAGGGAUGAAUAGGAAACAAGCAGAUGGCGUUUGGAUAUGAAAAACACAAACAAAAACCACAAACACAGACAGACAAAGAGGAGUACACAAACUGAUGGACAUGCCAAACAGUCCUGUAUGUUUUGCAAAUGCGCAAACACACAGCACACACUACUGACGACGAGAACUCUUGGAUAGAAUAUUUUUUUGUACAACGUGAACAAGGAUGACAUUGACUUUCCUGCUCUCUCGGCACAUGUGCAGGACGGUAGAAGAGGGAAGGUGUUCGUCAUCGCAAACCUGGCAACCCCACCCACCUUAAAUCCUACUGGUCGCCUCUAGCAACCUGACCCAGUCUGCAUCAGGACGUAAUACUGGACUAACUAGCGGGCCCUUGCUUUAUAGCCCAGGAAACCCUUUUUGUUUAGUUGAUUUGAUUUCUGUACAAAUCAGCACUCUGGUAUCACUGUUGACGAUUUCUGCUCUCCGCGAGGUUUGAAGUCAGAACGUCCUCAGUUAAAUGUUCGUGUUCUCAAGGCAGAAGAGGUAAACAGCCGAGGCCAACCUGUCAUUACAGAGGCCUGACAAGGUUUUUAUGGCAAAAGCAGCCAUCAUUUCCUGAAAUUCUCAGCUAUCGGCACACAUCCUUGAUCCUCAAGUCUGAAACAUCCAGCCUGUCCUACUCUCGGCUCUUUCCUUGAUGUGCUGAUAUGAUAUUUUAUAAUGGUCUAUCUGCUUCUCUGUUAUCACUAAGAUAAGUUAGGAAAACAUUGCGUUUUAUAUCCCAUUUUCCUCUCAUACUCACCGAGGCAGUCGUACUUCUCUCAUCUUUUUUUUCCACUUACUUUCAUCAUCUUUUAUUUUUCCCCCUUCAAGUUCUCUGUACUUUCAUUCUUCUGUGUGUGUCUGUGCGCAUUGUGUGUACAGAGCCUUGAAAACUUGGCUCAUCCAACCAUAAGCUCAAGCGGAGUACAUUUUCCCUCCGUUGGAAAGAGCGAAAUGAACAUUUCUGGAUGAAAUGGAGCAGAACGUUGCAUUCUAACCCAAACUCAUUUCGCCCAUUUAUUUCUCCCCGCACGGCUUCAGAGCAGAAUCCUUACGGGGAGAAAUGGAAUAAGAUUUCCGACCGUAGCGGGUCUUUAGUGACCAGCGUCGUUUCACAGGAGUGCUUGUGGAGAGAUUUUUAUUUUCUUUUUUCUUUGUAACGCUGAGCGCAUCAGUGCCAUUCUGACAUCAGGGUCUGCCUUUAAAAUUGUUUGUUGCACAUCACGUUGCCUGCAUCAGUUUGAGAUGCCUAAACGUUCUCGUGUCGAGAUAUUCUAGUCGUAAGUCCAAUGUGGCUCACCUGCCCCACCCCCCACCCCAUCCCCCUCCGUCAGUGUCAUAUCAGUGGACCUUAGAGCCAUUAAAUUGACAAAAGGUUUUCUCCUCCAUUUGUCAGGCAGAGAUACGUUUGGGCUUCAAUUAGGUAAACCUAUUUCAUGCCGAAUGCUGUUUUUAUUCCUGGGGGACAAGCUGUUGAUGAAACACUCUAACAUUAGGGGCCAUUGUGUUGUGAAAGCAGUGACCCUCGCACAUGACCUCAAGUCUCUGAGCACCCCCCCCCCCCCCCCGUGUCUGUUACUUAUUACGCCUGCUCGUAUUGCUGUAGUAUACACAUCAAACCGCCUGACCUUUUGCACCUUAAAUGAAAUUAUUUGGUGUUGGACAACCAGAUCAAAACGCUAAAAUAAUUACCCCCCCCCAUCCCCCCAUUGAUCAUUUCAGAGGGGAAAACGGAGCUGCCACACUGCUGUCAUUAGCUGUGGGUGCGGCAGCAUGUGACCGAUAGCACAGGCAGUCCACUCUCACGUUUAGCUCCCAAAACACUUGAAUGAAAGCAGCAUGCUUUUAGUGGCCUUUCUGUCAGGCACACGUUCAGCAUAAUGUCUCAGCCAAAGCUGUUGAGUGUGUUGUUAAUCAGUAGCUGUCAUCAAUAUCAAUCACACGUUCAAUUAACUGUUUUACAAUGAGAUUUAUUUUUUUCUUUUCGCGUUUUGUUCUAGUUUAUGUGAAAUGUAUUGUGAAGCCUUCACGGUGUCAGCGAGGCUUCCUGCACAUUCACGCUGCUGUGUCACAUCCAAAUGCUACCACAGCAAAGCUUCUCUGCUUUGGCAUAUCAGAUCACAGCCAGCAGGACUAUCAUGUUCUUUUCUCUUUGAAUAUCAUGUUUGUCUUUACAUUUGGGGACUUCAAGUUUGGGGUGCUGUUUGUUUGCCAGGAGAGAUUUGUGAUCUGUUUAUGUUCGUUCAUCUACAGCAUCGAUGAUUCCAGGGAAGAAAACGUACCCCUCACUCGUCCCGCAUCUGGUCCCUAUUUCACCUUCAGAGAACCAUUUCAUUUGAAUCCGUGUCAAACCUUUCAUGUCUGAUGAUUUGAAUCAUUGUUGUUGAACAUCAUCAUCAAGAGAAUCACAUCCCCCAGCUUUGCAGAUAUUUCCACCCAUUUCAAACCCCCGCGACUCUCAGCAUUGUACAUAGACAUAUAUUUAUUUUUUUGGGAGA